AUGCUUACUGAAAAUUUUCCAACUCAAAAUGAAGAAGAAUAUUGUUCUUCAAACAGACAACUUUUUAGAGGUUCGAUUCAAAGGUCAAUUGAAGAAUCUUUACGCUGUGACCAAAUAAAAAUCAUCUUAAAAACAACCAUGAUUACAGACUCCCUUUUCAAUGAGCAAACCGAGUCCUUUCUCUCAUGGCUAACUACUGAUGGGAAAGUGACCGUCUCAUCGAAAAUUAAAAUUGAAGAUCUAAGAUCAGAAGGGCAAGGUAGAUGCAUCAUUGCCAGUAAAGACAUUGACACAGAUGAACUAUUAUUUGAAAUCCCCAGAUCAUCCAUAUUAAAUGUCACAACGUCCCAAUUAUGCGUCGAUUUCCCCCAUAUAACUGGGAAGCUCAUGGAAUUGUCUCAAUGGGACAGUUUGAUUAUCUGUAUGAUGUAUGAGAUGAAAGUUUUACAGCAUGAGAGCAGAUGGUCAUCUUAUUUCAAUGUUUUACCUUCUUCUGAAUCCUUGAAUACUUUGAUGUAUUGGAAUGAUAAAGAGCUAUCGUUUUUAACACCAUCUUUAGUAGUGAAUCGAGUUGGUAAAGGAGAUGCGGAAACCAUGUACCGUAGAAUCUUGGACACAAUCAAUGAAUUUAAUGAAGAUAUCUUGACUGAGAAGUUGGGGUCAAUUUCUUGGGAAGAAUUUUUGUAUAUUCCAAGUAUUAUCAUGGCAUACUCAUUUGAUGUAGAAAUUAAGAAUGACGAUGACGAGAACGAGGGGGAUGAAGAAUUUGACGAAAAAGAAGAAGAGCCGGAGCUUCUAAAAUCAAUGAUACCAUUAGCAGACACCUUGAAUGCAGAUACUCAUAAGUGUAACGCAAACUUGACGUAUGAUAAAGAUUCAUUGAAAAUGCUAGCUAUCAAGCCUAUUAAGAAAGGAGAACAAGUCUAUAAUACUUACGGUGAGCUUCCUAAUUCUGAACUUUUAAGAAAAUACGGGUACGUUGAAUGGGGAGGUUCCCAAUUUGAUUAUGGUGAGGUACCUUUCGACUUGGUCAUUAAAGUCCUAGGAGAAACCUUUGCUGUUUCUGACAAACUUGUAAGUCGAAUAAUUGAUAUCUUGAGGGAAGAUGAAGAUAUUCAAGAAGAAGAGAUAGAUAUAGUCAUGGAUUCAUAUGAGCUGAACUGUGACAACUCAAUCUCACCUGAAUUUUCAUUAUUGGUUCAAGUAUUAUGCAUAAUUCUUCAAGUACCAAAGUUGGAUGCAUUGGAUAUUCUAUCACUUACUAACUUAACGAAAAGAACAUUGAAGAAAUGUAUCCAACUUUUGGAACUUGGAAAAUUGACAAAGAAAUGUGUUACAAUACAGCAAACAAUAUUAGAAAAGAGACUCGCUGAAUAUAAUGUUAGUAAAGAAAUGACGAAACCGGAGGCAGAUGAUUUUAACAUUGGAAAUGUUGAAAAAUUGAGACACAAGAUGGCCAAUGAAAUUUUAAUAAAUGAAUAUCAAGCUAUAUCUAAAUGUCUAGCAGUAUUAAAAGGUUUAACGAAAACAAUCGAUGAUGAGAAAUUAUUGAAAAAUGUUUUGAAAAGAAAAAUUGACGAAGAUACAAAAACCUCAAGACCUGCAAAGAAAGGUAAGAAAUGA